AAGCGUGGUCUAUUUAUGUUCGAGUGUUGUGACAUAAAUAUCUACCAUAGUGUAGUGGCUUUUUGUCCCUUUCAAUUCUUUGCAACUUUUUUGUUUAGUCCCUAAUGCAAAUACACAUAUAUAUGCAGGUCUAGAUCUCUCCUUUUAUAUAUAUAAAUCCCGGCAGAAAACAGAAAGCAUCUUAUAUAUGCUUGUGUAGUACUCUAACUCUAGCUAUUCUCUGCCUUAUCUGUAACUAUAAAUAGUUCAUACAAUACCAUCAAUAUGUCUCUUGCUUACUUUUCUUCAGGAUAAGAUUUGAUAUUACAAGGAGAAAUUUGUGACAUUAAACUUAAAUUUGUUACUAUAUGCUAUACUAAUUAAUUAAUUAUUUAAGCAAAUUGUAAGUGGGAUUUUCUCUAAUUAAUAAUGCUUUGGGCAUUGAGCCCUUAGGGAUUCCCUCUACAUAUAUUUGUAGUUAUCUGAUUCUCUCUCUCUGUGCACAAAAGAAUGUUAUGUAGUGAUGGGCUGGAUUAUUAGCUAUUCUCUAUAGUCUAUACCGACUAUACACAUACAUAAUUAUAAAAGUACUUGUUAUUAAAUAUAAAUUAUAUAUAUAUAUAUAGAGAGAGAGAGAGUAGGGGUUGAGGCACUCGAGAUUCAUCCUGAUAUUUGUGCUUUUACCUGUAUGUCCUGUAGUUGGAUUUCGAAUGUCCUUUAUUUUCCAAUAUUCCAUUGCAUUAAAUUAAUGAUAGAAGGUUUAUCUUAGACCAAACUCAUCAGCACGUGAAACUAGGCACAAUUGAGGGUAGAGACUAGAGAGAGAUAAUAAAUUAUUAUUAUUAUUCGGUGAUUAAAUAAUAGUAAUGAAUUAUGUACAUAGAUACAUGUGAUGAUGAUGGUGAGAUAGAUGAGGCGACCAUCCAUUUCUGUUAUGGUGUAUAAGCAUAGGCAUAUUGAAAUCCAGCAAGCUAGUCCCCAUAUUUGUUUGAAGUAACGAUUCAGAUUCCAAAAUGUUGGUUAAUAUCAUGGCUCCAUCAACGACUAACGAAUGGACACAGACUCAAAUGAUAGAUGAUCAAGAUCACAAGACCAAAGCUGAAGCUCCAUCAUCAUCAUCUGCUAGGGUUAUGGAAAAACAAGGUCAAGAACAUGUUCAGCAGCAGCAGCAGCAGCAGCAACAAGCUCUCAAGUGCCCUCGCUGCGAUUCAUCCAACACCAAAUUCUGCUACUACAACAACUACAGCUUAUCGCAGCCCAGACACUUCUGCAAAGCCUGCAAGCGAUACUGGACAAGAGGUGGAACCCUCCGCAACGUCCCCGUCGGCGGUGGCUGCAGAAAGAACACCAAGCGUCUCAAGCGCCAAUCAUCUUCUUCCAUCGAUGCCACUCCUUCUCCUUCUUCUUCUUCCACUCAUCCUCCAACUUCUAAUAUCAACCCUUUGUUUUAUGGGGUACCAAGUAGUAGUAAUAAUAAUAGCAACUGUGAUUUGUUGAACCUACCUUCUUUCCCUGGGUUCAGAGUGAGUUCUGGGUAUGAUAAUGAUGUUCAGCCUCACCUAAGUGGGUUAGGUUUUUCAUCAGGGAUCAUGUCCAAUAUUGAAGCUACUGGAUUUGGUUCAAAUGAGAGUAACUCCUUUCUUUCGGCUUACAAUUCCAUCUUCGGUUCGUGUUCUUCAUCAGCUUCUACUACCUUGCUGAGUUCCACUCUACUGCAGCAUAAAUUCAUGAAUGGUGGUGGAUUCCAAGGGCUAGCUACUCCUGAGGUUGAGGGAGAAAGAGGAGGAGUCAUGGGUUGUUCUUCUUUGAAAGAAGUGAAAGGUGAAUUAUUGGGAGAAGAGAGAGGGAGAGAGAGGUUGGAGUGGCAGAAUCAGAUGAUGGAACAUACGAUGGGCUAUUCUGAUCCCUCUUCUUCGCUUUAUUGGAGCACAUCAUCAUCACCCAUGGCUGCUUCUUCUUGGAAUGAUCAACCCAAUAUUGGUCCUUCUGUCACUUCACUCAUCUAGAAAAACGGAAAACCUCCCAUGAACCAUCCUUUUCAAAUCUCUUUCUCUUUGUUUAAGCUCUUUCUUUUUUUCUUUUUAAUUUCUCUUUUGGGUUUUGCUUACUACAUUGGAACCGAAAAAAAGAAGGGUAUUAGAUAGUACUAAUAAUUAGUAAUUAAAUGGGAAGGGGUAAUUAGAGAUGAGAGGAGUUUGGGAUCGGAGCGAUCAUGUCAGCUGCAAAAUAUUACAUCAUCAUCUUCUUCUUCUUCUUCAGCUUUGUUAGUUUUAAUGUGUCAAGGUUGAAUGAAGAUUUGCUUCUAUUGCGCUGAGAGGAACCUCGGAUCCUCUUCUCUCAUCAACAUAAGAGGAGAUAUAUAUCCCAAUUUGGUGCAAGUCUACUGUGUUCUUCAUAAAGUUGAGUAAGUUGGUUAUUUUCAUUAAUUACUGUUGUUAUGUAAUGUAUGUGUAUAUAUUGCAAUGACAUGUACUUUAAUUAGUCUAUGCUUUGCUAAUGUAUUGUGAUUAGUUAGAUAGGGUGGGGGUGGGGUUUAAUUACUUGCUGCAUAUCUCCUUAAUCAAAGGAACUAAUUAAUAUUGGUUUCACUUUUGUUAACUUUUCCAAACUUGGAUUUAUCUUGGGGAUCAGUUAUGUAUAAUGAUUAAUGGUAUAGAUGGAAGAGAGGGAGAUUAUUAUUAUUAUCAUUUA